AUGGCUCAGAAACGCAAAUUCGCGAAGUUCAUCGAUAAGGAGGACAAUGAUGAAGCAGCGAAAAUUCCCAAGCAGAUUUCACAUUUGAAGAAACAGGAGAAGCGAUUGAUAGUCGUCUUAGAGGGGGCCAAUUUAGAGGUCAUCAAAGUGAACGAUCGGUUCGAGCUUCUCAACUGCGAUGAUCACAUCAAACAAAUGAGGAAACAUGGCAAGGACCCGGCCCACGCUCGGCCGGACAUCACGCACCAGUGUCUGCUGAUGCUCUUCGAUUCGCCCCUUAAUCGCGCGGGGCUCCUCCAAGUUUACGUUCACUCGUCGAAAAACGCCUUGAUCGAAAUCAAUCCUCAAACUCGAAUACCGAGAACGUUCAAGCGUUUCGCUGGUCUCAUGGUACAGCUCUUGAACAAAAUGAGCGUACGGGCUGCCGACUCCACGGUGAAGCUCAUGAAAAUUAUAAAAAACCCUAUAUCGGAUCACCUGCCCGUCGGAUGUAGGAAACUCGCUAUGUCUUUUCACGCCUCCAAGGUCGUACAUCCGAGGGAGCUCGUGACAGACGUAGAGGAGCCUACAGUUCUGGUUAUCGGUGCAAUGGCACACGGCUCGGUCGACGUGGACUAUAUUGAAGGCACUUUCUCGAUUUCAAAUUAUCCCCUGUCAGGCGCGCUGGCCUGCUCGAAGAUCUGUAGUGCUUUCGAAGAAAAAUGGGAUAUUCUAUGACGGAAAGACUUGCACCAGGAUAUCGGGCUGGGGCGACUUGAUGAUUUCGCACGGACGUGUACAUAAUAAAUCCCAAUGGUCGAAAGAGCUUCGGAA